ACCCGGAAGUUUAUCUCCAGAAAUCAGCUGCGAAGCGACAGCCAGCUGUACAACUCCACUAAAAGAUGCAGCUUCAUUUCGCUAAAGAUGUUUUACCGGACUCUGUUGGUACAGAUUUCCAGAACCUGAACAAAUUCAACGAGCAGCAGUUUAGCUGUCUGAUUGAAAUUCUGUUCCAGUUUCUCCUGGACCCUAAAGAGACCGACAGAUUCAUGCGACGGCUGACAGAAUUUGCAGGGGAACACGGGAUGAGCGCCGGUCCUCUGAGGAACCUGAUGAAGAGCGUUCUGCUGGUUCCUCAGGGAGCUCUAAAGAAAAACCUGACGACUGAACAAGUCAAAGAAGACCUGCUUACAUUGGGGCUAAACGAGGAGAAAGCUGCACACUUUUCAUUACAGUGGGGGGAGCACUAUGCUGCGCUGUCCAGGCUCGCUGUUGGACAGACUCUGAUGGUCAACAAGCUGCUGGACAUGGAGUGGAAGUUUGGAGUGACUGUUGGCACCAGUGAAAUCCAAAAAGUGGGAAACGUUUUUCUACAGUUAAAGCUGGUGGUGAGAAAGGGGAAAUCCACAGAAAAUGUUUACAUGGAACUGACGCUGCCUCAAUUUUACAACUUCCUGCAUGAGAUGGAGAGAGCAAAGGCCAGCAUGGAAUGCUUUUCCUGAAUGCAUGUUUAUGUGCGUGUGUGUAUGUAUGAAUUUGAGAAACUGCCAAACGUUUUUACUUGAUGUGCAAAUAAACACAAUUUAAAAGGAAA